AGGCGAAACAGCCUAUAAAUAGAGCGGGUUUUUCCAAAUUUCACUUUGUCGCGAGGCUGUAAAAUGGCAGACAAUCCAUAUGGUGAUGGAGGGACUGAUGUAUGGGAUAACAGUAACCGUGGUAACUCGAGGUCAAGGGUUCCCUACCCAAGGGUUAAUGACACAGCCUCUAGGUUUGACAACCCAAGGUCAAUGGCUGACAAUAAUGCCAUUGACCAGUUGGAGAAGAUGGUCACAGACCAAGGGAGACAACUACAUGACAUGGUGGCCACGGUGAGGAAGGAGAGGGUAAUGGCAGAUAGGUUGUUGCAGGAGAAGGACAAGGAGAUCCAGCGGAAGGAUGAAGAGAUCCAGCAACUAAGAGAUGAGCUGGCAUUGAUGAAGAAGCAGUUUGAUGAAGUCAGCAGCAGCAGAAAGGGCAGUGGUACUCUAGGCGCCGUGGGUCCAGUAGGUCCAGCUGCUCCCAGCUCAGUGAGUGUGACACCGUCACGCCCUCGGACUAAGGCCCUCCUGAUACCAGGGAUGCAGACGGGCGACACACUCUACAAGUUCAUUGAUCGGGAAAUCCGCCCCAAUCAAAAAUUUAAUUCACGGUGUCUGCAAAUCAUCGACAAACUUGUUCGAUCUCUACAGGCUAGAACAAGCCCUUUCAAUAUAAAGCGAAUAUUGAAGGGUGGCUCGUUGGGCAAGGGUACUUCUGUGAAAGAUAGGUCUGACAUUGACCUUAUAAUCUUCUUCAAUGGCUACAACACUGUCCAGGAGCUUCAGAAUGACAAAGAGAGGUUGCUGCAGCAGUUGGAAGACUAUGUCAAGAAGGACUGGUCCGAUCAUCUUAUUUUGAAAGAGAAGACGCCAUAUUCUCUUCAGUUCUAUCUGAAGAUUGAUACUGAUGACAAGGAACAUGAGGUGGACCUUCUUCCUGCACUGGACAUCACCCAGAGUGGACGUCAGCUGUCUGAAAUCUACAGUGAAAUGCAACUUCUGUCUGGACCAGAGAGGGAUCCGUACUCAUGCUGUUUUGCACCUCUUCAGUUGGACUUUGUCUCAGCCACUAACCGAGUGUCGACCCCCGGCAAGGUCAAGGACUUGAUCAGACUCCUCAAGUACUGGAUCAAGGUUGAGGACGUCCCACUGAGGUCCUACUUCCUAGAGCUCCUGGUUGUCCAACAGUGGAGGGAGGCCAAUACUCCCCAGGACAUCAACCUUGAGGAGUGUUUGAAGAACAUCAUUAGUCAGCUGAUAGAAUGUAAAACCAUGGCCAUCGCUUUCACGGACCACUAUGAUUACAAAGAAUACAGAAAGAGCCUAAAGCCUCCCUUCUUGCUGGAUCCAGCCAACCCUUUCCGGAAUGUGGGACCAGUUAGCAAACGGGAGAUUGAGGAGACGGCACGCAAAGCAGCAACUCUGCUCAAGAGAUGGGAGGAGGCGUGACAGUGGAGGUGUGAGGUUGUCUGACAGUGACUGCAUCUUACUCGCAACAAACAUGAUGUCUGAAAUGUGAUUGUUUGAAAUUGUAAUAUGUAGAAGCCACGCCAUUUCACUGAGUGAACACAAUGCUAUCCAUGAGACAUGACCACUUCUAUGUUACAUUCAUCGCUGCUGACACACAGUUACUCAAAGUGCAGAAACUUUAUGAUGAACCAGCUUGUAGGGGCGGUUCCCCUCAUCCAGAAUGAUAGUGUGUCUGUAAAAAGGAAUAUUAAAUUCAUUGGUUGUGGAUUAUC